AUGUCGACCGAAGUCAAGCUCCUGACGCUCCUAAACGUGAGCGCAAUCAAGCGGCCGCGGGAGCUCGACCUGCCCGGCGGCUUCCGCUCUCCCUCGACCUCUCGCCCGCAAAGUGUCGACGGCGCCGAGCCGGCGCCCAAGAAGAAGCGCGGGGUCGUGUUUGGCGGCGAGAUUGGACCGAGUGGCAGCACGUACGGAAAGAAGGGAAAGGGCAAGAAGGCCGUCAAGAUUGCAGUCGAGGAGAAUGAGGACGGCGAGGAGGUGAUUGAGGAGAUUGUGGAGGACGGAGAGGACGAGGAGUCUGCCGAGGGAGAGGGCGAGGACGACGACGCCAACGACGACACGUUCAACACGCACUUUGGACCCGAGACGCCGCUACUCUCACGGAUCGAGGAGGCGAAGGAGGGACAAUGGACGCAGCACCGGGCAACCAUCAAGGGCCUUGGACGGGUGGUCGAGAUGCGGCCUGGCGACGCCCCGGCGGCAGAGGGAUCGGCGCGAGUUGUUCCUUCGAUUUCGGCAGGAUUGAAGAAGUCGGCGCACGCCGGUCUCGCCUCGAGCUACCUCCAGCAGCUUGGACGAUACACGGAUCUGUACGCACACUCGCUCGACGGAGAGGCGGACGGCAGCGAGAAGGCGCCGUGGGGGCCGAAACGCGAGGCGCUGCGCGCCGCAACGGCAGCCCACCUGAUGAACCACGUUCUGAAGACGCGGCGGCGCAUCGUGCGCAACAACGAGAAGCUGGCGCACGCCCUCGAUGCGGGCAAGGACAUGGAGCCGCCGCGGGACCAGUCGUUCACUCGGCCGAAGGUGCUCCUCCUCCUCCCCACGCGUGCGCUUGCGAUCCGGUGGCUCGCAAACCACCUCUUCCCCCUCGCUCCCGAGGGAACACAGAUUGAAAACCUGCGCCCGUUCCUGUCCUCCUUUGGCGUUCCCGAGGGUGAGGAGCCGGACCUCUCGGCCCUGCCUGCGGACCACCAGGAGAACUUCAGCGGCAACACGGACGACAACUUCCGCCUCGGCCUCAAAGUCACGCGCAAGGCAUGGCGCGUCGUCAUGCCCCCAACAACGGAAGCCAAGCUGCUCGACUGCGACGUGGUGAUCGCCUCCCCGCUCGCGCUCAAGAUGGCGCAGGAGCGGGAGAAGAGCGUCGACUUCCUGAGCAGUAUCGAGAUCUGCGCGGCGGACGGACUCGACAUCAUGCACAUGCAGAACUGGGAGCAUGCGGCAUGGGCGCUGAAGCAGCUGAACCACAUUCCCGAGCAGCCGCACGGGUGCGACUUCUCGCGCGUCAAGCCGUGGUACCUCGACAACCAGGCGCGGUUCCUCCGCCAAACCCUGCUUAUGAGCCGGUACGACAGUCCCGAGUUCCGCGCGGUCUUUGGGGCGUGCGAGAAUGUGGCGGGCAAGGCGCGCGUCGACGCGAGCGCCGCGCUCGAGGGCGUGCUUGACCGUGUCAGGCCGGGGGUGCGGCAGAGCUUUGAGCGCAUCGCCACCGAGCAGCGCGGCAUGGGCCCCGAUGCGGCGCUGGAGGAACUCGACGCGCGUUUCGAGCACUUCACGAAGCGCACGCUGCCGGCCCUCCUCCGCUCCGCCGUGCAGAGGCAGCACACGCUUGUGGUUAUCCCGAGCUAUUUCGACUUUGUCCGGCUGACAAACCACCUGAAGAAACAGCGCACGCUAUCCUUCACCGCUGUGUCCGAGUACAGCUCGAACAGCGAGAUCUCCCGCGCGCGCACCCUCUUCUUCAAGGGCAAGAAGGACUUUUUGUUUAUUACGGAGCGCUUCCACUUCUACCGUCGGUACCGCCUGCGCGGCGCCAAGACGGUCGUCUGGUACGCUCUCCCCGAACACGCCCAGUUUUAUGCCGAGUUCCUCGCCACGCCCUUCAUCCCUGGUAAGGGGCAGACGGAGGCCGAGGUGGAUACCGACCCCGCAGAGGUGUCAAGCAAGGCGCUCUUCAGCCGGUUCGAUGUGCUCAAGCUUGAGCGUGUUGUGGGUCACACGGACGCGAGGCUCAUGCUGUCGUCUAGCGAUAGCAAGUUUGAGUUUGCGUAG